GUACCCCUGAGAGUGACACCGUGUGCAAGAGAUGUCCAGAAGGAUUUUUCUCAAAUGAAACAUCAUCCAAAGCAGCCUGUCUAAAGCACACAAACUGUAGUGCACUAGGUUUCAAAAUAGCAUUGAAAGGAAAUGCAGUUCGUGACAACGUCUGUCAGGAAAAUACAGAUACAGCACCUCAAAAAUGUGGAAUAGAUGUAACCCUGUGCGAGGAGGCGCUUUUCAGGUUUGCUGUUCCUACUCAGCUCACACCUAACUGGCUGAACAUACUAGCGGACAGUUUGCCUGGGACAAAGGUUAGCACAGAAAAUAUCGAAAGGAUUAAACAAAGGCACAGUUCUCAAGAGCAGACCUUCCAGCUUUUGAAAUUAUGGAAGCAGCAAAACAAAGAACAGGAUAUGGUCAAGAAGAUUAUUCAAGAUAUCGAUCUUUGCGAAAAUAGUGUCUUGAAGAAUAUUGGCCACCCGAACCUCACCUUUGAACAUCUCAACACACUGAUGGCAAGCUUACCAGGCAAGAAGGUGGGAAAAGAAGAUAUCGAGCGUGCAAUGAAACUAUGUCAACCUACAGAGCAAGUUCUGAAGCUUCUCAAUCUGUGGAGAAUAAAGAACAGUGACCAAGACACCAUUAAAGGUUUAAUGUAUGGACUGAAGCACUUGAAAACAUACCACUUCCCAAAACGAACCAUCCAAAGUCUGAAGAAGGUGAUUAAGUUUCUUCACAGAUUCAGGAUGUAUAGAUUAUACCAGAAACUCUUUUUAGAAAUGAUAGAGAACCAAGUUAAAUCAGUGAAAGUAAGAAGUGUCUAAUUCAAGAUAUUUUUCAUUCUCCACUGACUAUUUUCCCCUAAUUACUGCCAGCAGUAAUUAAACUGGAACGUUGUUUCCCUACGUUAUGUCUUACUAUUUAUAGAAAUGCCUGACUGGAAUAGCUCUAAGUCUUUUGCAGAGUUUUUGGAGGGUUUUUUUUUAAU